CACAACUGAUCACUGCAGAAUAAUGGAUUCGAAAGAAGACAUCAAAUUCGAGGGCCUCCCGACCGAGGUUCUCCUUCACAUACUAACCCAAAUCGACGAUGUCCACUGUCUCUGGAACCUCCUUAUCUCCUCGCCUAUCCUAAGCCGGGUUUUCAACCACUAUAGUGACGAUAUCUUCUGGCCCGCCGUAACAGAGAAUUACAUUCCGUCACAGACACAGAAAGUGAUACGAUGUGUCAUCUCAAUACGCGCAGGCGCGUAUCAGAACACGCCCCAUCUCACACUUGCUGCCAGGAUCAGUGAUCGCGAAGCCGGCAUCGUCCUCGGCCAGAGCUCGGAUUCAGAUUACAUUCUCCCGACCAUGGAUCCAACCAAGGGUCCUGAUUUGACCGUCAUGCGGUCGAUACUCGCUACAGCUAGUCGCUUACACUCUCUGAGCCGACUGUGCAUCAGCCACUAUCAAGACAGUCUGGUGGCUGCGAAGACAGAAGGCCGUUUGGACGUCCCAGACCUUUCAGCGACAGACAAGCUGUCAUGGUGCGAAGAACAGCGUAUGAUUCGAGCAUUCUGGCGAGUUCAAGUUGUACUCGAAAUGAACUUGGCAGCGCGAAGGUCCCAGCUCCUCGGAACGAAAGGAGAGGGGAAGGACUUGAAAACGGAGGUUCUUGAUAUCAAGUCCUUUUACGACAGCACUAGCACCAACUUCAAGGCCGCUUAUCAUGAGGUAAUGACAGCAAUAGACUACCUCCAGACUCUUUCUACCUCCAAGACACAUAGUGUUACCGCACUCGUGGAUCGGAUGCCGCCAUCCGAAAGCCCUAUCGAAGACAUCUCGCCUUCGGCCCGAGGAAUGCCCGCAACUCCCGACAGUCGUAGGUCUGCGUUGGUAUUACCGGCAGACAGUCUAUGGAUUGUGGACAGCAUGGGGAGGAAUGCGCACUCGCCGAUGAAAUAUGCGGGUUUUGAGCCUUACAGGAAAAUGGGGUUCGCAAUUUGGGACAGAGACAGACUCGCGAGGUUGGGAAUGGCUAGUCCGCCUGGUCAUGGCCGCGUGACAGGCUUGGGCUCAUAUUUCCCAAAAUGGGUGAAGUUACUGGGUUCACAGGAUAUGGCUCGAGCUGAGGGCAAAAUGAGAGAGGCUGAGUGUCGAGGUGGACGAUUGGAUCCUCUACAGCCCAUGAUCCAGGAUAAUGCAUCCUAGCGAAGUAUGGGAACGGGAG